GUGCCAAUAAUUGGGAGGUCAAGAAAUGGGGCGCUCAAAGUUCAAGACUUCAAGUAUUGGGUUUCUUUUGUUGGAAGGAAGGAGAAUUCGUUCCAUGGCGUAGUUGAAGGAUGUGAAUUGAAACUUGAAAGGGACAAAAGGAGAAAUUGAUUUAUUAAUAUAUAUAUAUAUAUAUAUAUAUAUGUGUGUGUGUGUGUGUGUGUGUUGGGAUUUGUUAUACAGCUGGAAGGGAUGAACCAAUCGACGUGGACGAUUUGGGACGCUAUCCUUUGCAAUAUGCUUAUUGGCCAACUCACAAACCUCCGUCUUCUCCCAUCAAGCCAUCAAAUCCUGCGGCGGAGAAUCCUAGCACCGCCUUCACUAGCACCAACUAUACUAUUUGUAUUUCCUUUUAUAAUGUUUAAAUAAGGAGUACUUUUCAUAGAAAGAUCUAGAAAAUAAAUACAAUUGGUUUUCCUUAGGUUCUAGUCUCUUCUUCUUAGUCAUCUGAUUGUGAAGCAACAAUAUAAAACCAAAAUAAAGAAAUGAUCCCAAGGAAGGAAGGACUCGAGAUACAUCAAGUUGUAUUGUGUGAAAAACGUUAUAAGAUAUUGGUUUUGAGAUCUUUUUUCUGGAUAAGAAUAGGGUGAAAGUUGCAAGUGCAAAAUCGUAAAUUGAUGCGUGUCCGAGAUGCUGUAGUUUGACUAUGAUGGAAUUGGAAUCCAUUAUCCAAUAAUAUUCAAUAAUCAAUAUUCAUCUCAUUAAAGUCUUUUACGUUUUUGACCCUGCAGUGCGAAGCCUUCUGAAUCUGACAGGCCUUGUAGUUGGGCAAAACGAAGCCCAAGACCCAAAUUUCAGACGGCAACAUUCGUUAUUCCUAUGUGUCCCCAAGUUGUUGGAGAGAGAAACUUUGGGAAGUGAUUGGAGUUGGAAGUAGAUGAACCAUGGCUACCUCAUCAUCACAGAUUGCAUGCUUACUCUCUUCUAGUUUUCACUCCAACUCCUACUUGUUUCUUCAAACUAGAACUAGGUCCCUUCCAUUGUCUCUAACACCUGUCUCACACAACCUUAUCCAAACAAAAAGAUUCAUCAUUUUUCACGACCCACCAGUUCUAAUCUCUCACAGAAGUAGUAGAGUUAGGCCAACUACUCUUUCUGCUGGUGCUGAAGAUAUUGUACCUUCGGAUUCAGCUGCGGUUGAUGCUGCCAAGGAAUUGGUCUCCAGCAAUGAUGAUGGGGUGUCCACAGUUAUUUCAGCACUUCUCUUCAUUGCUUUCAUUGGGCUAUCAAUACUUACUAUUGGGGUUAUCUAUUUGGGAGUGACGGAUUUCUUGCAGAAAAGAGAGAAGGACAAGUUUGAGAAGGAAGAAGCGGCUAACAAAAGUGGGAAGAAGAAGAAGAAGAAGGUGGUGAGAUCCAGAGCCGGGCCUAGAGGAUUUGGACAGAAGAUUGAUGAAGAUGAAGAUGAAGAUGAUGAUUAGGGUCCAAUCAUGAACCUUUUUUGUACUAUUUAUGAAUUACCAAAUUACUUAGCCUUUCACACUGAAAAAUGAAAAUGUUGAUAGAUCAAGUUUCAAAUGCAGAGAGAACUAGCUUUGCUUGGAUAAGAUUCCUUAUAAAUGCCUUUCCAAUAUCCGGUUUUAUUUUCGACUGGGGUGUAUCAUGCCAUCAUGCCAUGGAUGAGUUGUUUUCAUAUAACAACAUGAAUGUUACAAGUUUCACUUUCAUUUUAGAAA